AUCAACAUGGCGGACAAUUUUCAAUAGUAAAGAUAUUUUUUUUGCCAUCUGAACAUGUGAAAUGGUUUGAAUAUUAUACACGUUAUUUGGACUAGAGAGGAUUUGCAAAUUAAUUUAAUGUCAUGACAGACCACAAAGAGGAGCAAGAGCUUGAACUAGAAGCUCUAAAUUCAAUCUAUCCGGAGGAAUUUUCCCUGAUUGAAAGUGAUCCAUGUUGUUUCCAAGUUUCAAUUUCUUGUGAACCAGAGAAAUCAGAAGAUGAAGACUGUAGAGUUUGUGCAACAUUGCAGUUCACAUAUGUAGACACAUACCCUGAUGAUGCCCCUGUCAUUGAAGUGCCAUCAUAUGAAGGGAUUGAUGAUUCAGAUGUAGAGAAUUUAAGAGAGUUUUUGGAACAAGAGGCACAGGAAAACCUUGGAAUGGCAAUGGUCUUCACAAUAGUAUCAGCUGCACAAGAGAAACUUACUGAGUUCAUGAAUAAGUUAAAAAAUAACAAAGAAGAUGAGAAGUUAAGAAAAGAGAAAGAAGCAGAGGAAGCCGAAAGAGCUAAAUUUACAGGAACACCAGUUACACUAGAGACAUUUGUUGCAUGGAGAAAAACUUUUGAGCAAGAAAUGAUCAAAACUAAAGUGAAUAAAGAAGAAACAUUUAAAGGCAAACUAACAGGUAGGCAACUCUUUGAGCAAGAUGCUUCAAUGGAAAAUUCAGAUGCAAUAUUCCUUGAAAGUGAAGUAAAAGUAGAUGAAUCUCUUUUCCAAGAAAUGGAUGACUUAGACCUUGAUGAUGAGGAUAUAGAAUAAAGCAAUUAUUUUUUUACA